AAACAAAGAGCGAGGGCAUGGGUGAGGGAGUCGGCGGGAGCAGCGGAGAGGAGGUGAGCGAGAAGAGUUCAAGCGGAGGAGUGCUGAAGAUGAUGGACUCGGCGACGGUCCACCGUGUGUGCUCGGGGCAAGUCAUUCUGGACUUGGCGUUGGCCGUCAAGGAGCUGGUGGAGAACGCGCUGGACGCUGGCGCCGAUGCGGUGAGCGUGACGGUGACUGAAUAUGGAGCUGGUGGCAUUCGAGUGGAGGACAACGGAAGCGGGAUCGAUCCGUCGGCCUUUGCAGCGCUCUGUCGCAAGCACACUACGUCCAAGCUCUCAGCCUUUGAGGAUCUGACCGCGGUGGGCACGUAUGGCUUCCGUGGCGAGGCCCUCUCCUCGCUCUGCGCCUUGGGCAAAGUCAACAUUGUGACGGCGAUCGAGGGUGCGGAGAUGGCGACGGCGCUGGUGUAUGACACCGAGGGCGAGCUGGUGGAGGCCAAGCCGGCGGCACGGACUCGCGGGACGACCGUCUGUGUCGACGAUCUGUUCUACUCACUCCCGGUCCGGGCCCGUGAGUUUGCCAAGCACCGCAAGCGCGAGUUCAACCGGAUGGUUCUGCGGCUGCAGGCGUAUGCGGUGGUGAUGACUGGGGUACGGCUGCUGCUGACGUCGGUGGUCGGUUCGCGGCGGACCACGCUGCUGCGGACCACCGGCGGGAACAGCCUCGGCGACAACGUCCGCGACGUGUUUGGGGCCAAGUUUGCCGGCGCACUGCGGAGCGUCAGUGCGCCGCCGUCGGACGAAUCGCCGUUUAAGCUCGACGGGCUUAUCUCGCCGGGCGUGGCCACGUCGGACGGCCGCUCGUCGUCGGACCGGCAGUUCUUCUACAUCAACUCCCGGCCGUGCGAGCUGUCGCAGCUCGCCAAGGUCGCCAACGACGUCUACCGCUCGGUCAAUGCCAACCGGUACCCGGCACUCUUCCUCAACAUCACUGCGCCGCGUGACGGCUACGACGUCAACGUCACGCCCGACAAGCGAACGAUUCUUCUCCACGAGUUCCCUGCGCUUGCCGCCCAGCUCCGCAGCGCGCUUGAGGCCGUGUACGCGCUCGACGCGCAGACCUUUGAGGUCCAGUCGACCACGCUGUUCACCUCGGGCUUUACCGCGCUCGAGCCGCCUCGACCCAGUCAGCCGACUUUGCCUGUCGAGCCACAGGCAAUGGCGGUAUCCGAGUCGGGAUCGGGAUCGGGCACUGUGUCGGGUUCGGCGGAGUCGGGAUCGGGCUCUUGCACUGGGUCUUGCACUGGGUCUGGCACUGGAUCAGGCCCUGGAUCAGGCUCGGGAUCGGGGUCGGGGUCGGGGUCGGGGUCGGGGUCGGGGUCGGGGUCGGGGUCGACAUCCAGCGACAGUGCAGCCGACGCGACGUCGUGCGAGGCAGGCGGAAGCGAGGUCGAUCCCGUGGCACAUGCAUCGACGGCUCCUUCACCACGUCUUUCGCCACAUGGAUCGCCUGUCCCAGAGAUGCCAAGCCUCGCCUGCCCGCCAGGGAGCGAGGCGCCGGCUGCUAGCGAGGUCAGCCUUGACAGCGAUGAUGGACACAGACUUUGUGGGCGCGACGGGCUUGCGGCAAUCAACAGCGUGCUCAUCAACGGCGUGAGGUACUUUGUCGACGCGCCCGCACCUGAAACCGCGCCAGAGCCGCCGGCGCGGUAUCUCAACGCACCCAAUGUGACGGUGGAGGCCGGCGCCGAUCUCGACGUGUUCCGGCGACCGGCUGUGAAGGAGGGAUCCAGUGGCGGCAAGCGCGAGCGGGAGAGUGACGGCGACGAGAGCAGCGACGAAGGGGCGCCGAAGCGGAGCAAGGGUCUCGAUGGCGGGUCACGGCCGCGGUUCACGGCGCGGAUCGGCGUGACGCAGGACACAGAGGCAGCGGCGGAGCUGAGGCGGGUGUUUGCCAAGGACGACUUUGCAAAGAUGCGGGUGAUCGGGCAGUUCAACCUCGGGUUCAUCAUCGCCGCCCUCGACGACGACCUCUUUGUCGUGGACCAGCACGCGACCGACGAAAAGUACAACUAUGAGCGGUUGCAGGCCGAGACGGUGAUCAAGAAGCAGCGGCUGAUUGCGCCCAAGAUCUUGGGCCUCACAGCCGGCGAGGAGGACAUUGUGCUGGAGCACAUCGAGGUCUUCCGCAAGUCCGGCUUUGACUUUGAGCUUGUGGCGCCGGGCGGGACGGCGGCGGGCGCGACGGCCGAGACAGCGAUCGUGCUCGACGACGAGGCCGGGCCGGGCGCCGCAGCUCCCCCGCGGAAGCGGCUGGCGCUCACCGCAUAUCCGUUUUCGAAGAGCACCGAGUUUGGCAUCGAUGACAUCUACGAGAUGAUUGCGCUGCUCCGCGACUCGCCGGUCGGCGUUGUCCGGCCGUCGCGGGUCCUAGCCAUGUUUGCCUCGCGGGCGUGCCGGUCGUCGGUCAUGAUCGGCACGGCGCUCUCGCGGCCGCAGAUGACCACCCUCCUCGCGCACAUGACCGGGAUGGAGAACCCGUGGGCAUGCCCGCACGGCCGACCGACGUUCCGGCACAUGAUCGACCUUGCAGCAUUGCGUGCCUCGCAAGAGUGAUUGCGAUUGGUUCUGCAGCCGAUGGCACACACACACACACACAC